AUGGCGAAGGCAGCCGGAAUGCUCUGCAUCCUCCUCCUCCUCCUCGCCGUGCUGUGCUGCCAGAGCCUGGCUCAGAGAGCCCCGGCCGUGCCAGAGAAGUGCUGCUUCAACUUCCAGACGAGAAGGAUCAAGAGAGACAACAUUGUCACCUGCUACCCCACCAGCCCCGAGUGCCCGCACCAGGCUGUGAUCUUCAGGGUGAGGAGCGGGAAGGAGAUCUGCGCCCAGGCGAGCAGGGCCUGGGUGAAGAGGUACCAGCAGAGCUUCCAAGUCAGCUCCUUCUCCAUCCCCAGCUAG